UUUCCCAAAUUCACCCAGUUAGAGCAAUGGCAGAAGAUCUGGUGCUGGAUACCGCAAUCAGAGACUGGGUGUUGAUCCCUCUCUCUGUGGUCAUGGUUCUCAUCGGUGUCUUGCGCUACUUUGUCUCGAAGCUCAUGCACUCUUCACAAACCCCUGAUGCCAAAAUUGUUAAAGAGGGGCAAGUGAUCGUUAGAGCUCGGAAUUUGCGUGCUGGAGCGAAUUUUAUUCCUUCCAAGGCUUUUCGUGCGCGCAAAAUUUAUUAUUGUAACGAGGAAAACGGUCUGUUGUUUGUUCCAAAGGGCCAGGGCCAGAAUCCGCAAGCACAAAUGUUCUCUGAUCCGAACAUGGCCAUGGAUAUGAUGAAGAAAAACCUUUCAAUGAUCAUUCCUCAGACUCUUACUUUUGCCUGGGUGAACUUUUUCUUUUCUGGAUUUGUUGCAGCCAAGAUACCCUUUCCACUGACACAGAGAUUUAGGUCGAUGUUACAAAAUGGAAUAGACCUUAGCACAGUAGAUGUUAGCUAUGUCAGCAGUCGCUCUUGGUACUUUCUCAAUCUGUUUGGAUUAAGAGGAUUGUUUAGUCUCAUCUUGGGUGAAGAAAAUGCUGUCGAUGAUACACAACGAAUGAUGCAAAUGGGUGGAUUUGGAUUUGAUCCUUCAAAGGGUCUGAGUGCCGAGAAAGACAAUCUUGACAUAACCCAGCAUGACUGGGCCUUACCGAAUUUCGAGCAGCAUGCUGAAGCUGUGUUGAAGAAACUCAUCAGUUAACCAUGUUAUGGAAUAGGAAGCUUGAUUGCUUGCAUUAGCAGGAUACAUCUUUUAUUGUUGGGGUAGGACCUGUACCUUUUGCAGCAACAGAUAUCAUAGAUCAUGUUGAGACAAUGAGUGUAGCCUUGAAACUGAACAUUUUUCACUUUAUUAUCAGAGAACGUUGUCACGAUUUGUUGAAGCUGAAAUUAUUGAUUCUUGCUUAUUUUUCUGAAUGCCCAUAACAAUGAAGGCUUCCCAGGAAAUAUCGAGUCCUGUAACGUGUUUCAA